AUGCGAGAGUCGUUUGAUAUCUCUCACUUCUAUGAUCCGACGUCCUAUGUGAACCGCCAGCUACUGCUCUCGCUCGGAAAGUUCAGUAGCUAUCUUCCACUUCCGGUAUUUGCGGGGACUUUUAACGUUGGUAACAGGAAGUUUCCGGGGGACUCGUCUUUUCUGCGCCCAUGGCUUCACUACUUUUCAAGGCACCAAGUUCCUGAUGCUCCAGCGCCAUCGUGCCCUCUUGUGUAUGCAAUCGGUUUUCAGGAAGUCGACAUGUCCGCAAAGGCCCUUAUGGUCGGCGAGACCAGUCGUGCACAGCCCUGGGUUGAUGCUGUGGCUUCAGUACUUGGAGACCAGUAUGUAUUGUCCUACAAACAAAUGAUGGGCCUCUUACUUGUCAUUGGUCUGCACAAAAGCAUCACCUGCCCACCGGCAAGCGCCGUCGUGGAAGGAUUUAAGGCAUGCGGUGUGGGCUUGUGGAACCGAGGUGGAAAUAAAGGUGGGCUUGCCGCAACUAUAAGGCUCUAUGACACUAGAAUUCUUUUCUGCAAUCUUCACCUGUCAGCCAAUAGAACCCCUGAUGGACCUAAGAAACGAAACAGAGAUAUUUACGAAGUGCUUUCACGUCUUAGCAUGUCGACCUCCCCCAAGGAUCCGAGGGGGCCUACUAUUUUCGAACUGUACCAUCGAGACAGCAAGCCCGGAGUAGAAAUCUUGGAUGACUACAUUAUUGAGGAUGAACUAAAUCAUCCCAUUGUCAAUCCAAACUAUAACUUUACUAAUUGUCUCGCCAAUUGUAACUUCGAUUCUAACCUUACCCCCAAGUUUCCGUCUCUUCUAAGGGGCCAUGACGUGAUAUUCCUCUUAGGAGACUUGAACUAUCGCUUGCACACCUUCUCAACAAAGCCACACCUUAUCCUAGAGCACUUCUUGGCCGACAGUGAAGUUGGUCGACGGACAUUUUUGCGAAUUGAUCAGCUCUCAAUGCAGUUACGGGCGCUUAGCAGUAGCUCGUACACUCCAACGUAUGCUAAUGAAAACAUGAGGGUAGGUGACGACGUCGAUGCAGAGGAUGACGCAACGUUUUUUGUUCAGAAUGUCGCUGCAACGGCUGCUGUUGCCGCUUUGGCCGUAAGUGGCGCCGACAUAGAAUCAGAUGACGAUGAUGUUGAGGUAACCCCUCCAACACUGGCCGGAAAUACAAAUUAUUAUGAAGAAUAUCUUAGCUAUCCAUUUGAUCCAUGUAACUACCUUUAUGGGUUCAAAGAAAUGGAUAUCUCCUUUAAUCCUACAUACAAAAUACUUAUAGGGGAAAAAGGAAAGGGGAAAAGCAAGCCCAAGAAGUUGGCUCAGUCUAAGCAAGGUCCAAAACAGGAGCAGCCGCCAGCUGCUCCGUGUCAGCCCAUGCAACUCAUUCCUGGUGGUUCCCUCAAUCUUUUUGAUGUCCUCAAUGUAGUUUCUACGGAGCCUGCUACUGAAAGAACUACCCCGGACCCCCAGGCAUGUGUAGACACUGUUUCCUCUGCUCCAUCACUAAGUUCUCAGUUAAGCCAUCCUUCUAACAGUAAUACUACCGCUAUUCCAAACUAUGAAGUUGACCCUGAGGCAAGCAAACCUAGGGUUCCUGCAUAUUGUGACAGAAUCUUAUUCCGAGGGCUCUCUCAGGACACUCUCAUCAAUCCGAUUGGGUACAUGUCUGUUUCUGCAGUUGAGUUCAGUGAUCAUCAUCCGGUCUGUCUCCUCAGCACGAUCAAUGUUCGAGUUCUAGAUGACGCUAAACUCAAGGCAGAACAAGCUAAGAUCCUUGGUAGACUCCCCAUCUUUACUACGGAGCUGCAGCCACGCUACACGUUGCUUGAGUCUACACUAGACUUUGGAAGAGUUUCAUAUGGAAUGGAAACAGCCCAUCCUCUUCCUUUGCGAAAUGACCAUCCCAUUUCCUCAUUGAAUAUUGUGCUAGACCCCAUCACUACCCCACCGUGGAUAUAUAUGAGGCCGGCAUGCUUUACCCUCAAGGCCAUGACUCAAGGGGAGAUUGUGUUGCUACACCGAUUCCGUUACUUUUUGGAUACUCCACCGAAUGUCCAGGCGUCGUACAUCCGCCACUUGAUGCAGACCGUUGAAAAACCUGAUACCUUGUCUCUCGAGAGCUUUGAAAGUCAGCGAGCUUUUAUUCUCAGGCAAAUAAUCGACGAGAAGAUAUCCCUCCAAUCGUUCACGAUUAGCCUCUGCUUUGUCUCUGGAAGGGCAACUACAUUAUCACGGAACAACGUCAUUGCUACAGAAACCAUUAAUUGCAAAAUCGAAUACCUUGGACUGAAAGAAUCGCUUUUCUCUAAGCCUCUACAUGAUCUCGUUAAAAAAAGCAGUGCUCUAGUACCUGGUUAUUUUAUCAAUAUCGCUAAUUACUUUGAGGAAUUUUUAUCCAGUGGAUCUCCAUCUAAUCAGGAUGUCAGUGCCGUGCAAGCGUUCCAGGCCUCGAACUGCACCUUUAAAACUAAGCAGUUAGACGACAUUUUGCUGGGUCUGUAUGACACCUUGAAAGCCAAAGAUACCAAUAUGGAGCUCCCGUCUACUCCACUUCGAUUUAUAGCGACAGUUUUCCCGCACAUACACACUGGGCCUACCACCCAAUCCCUUAGCUCUUUUCUUGAGCAACAUCGCUUAGCAGAUCCUGUACCACAAGCACGGAAGUUUUCUGCAAUAGACAAUGAAAGAGAAAAAGAAAAGCUUUACUUAUUAUUCUAUCACCUCUGUAUCACUGGCAUCGAGAGCUUAAGGGCACACAUGUCACAGUCAGGCGAGGUAAGCGUAUUAGACCCACUACUAGAGAAACUGAAAACUGAGCUUCAGUCCUUUAGAUACUAUUGCACAAGGAGCCUGUUCGUCUCUUUGGGGCCAGCUGAAGAUAGUAAUAAGUUAUACAUUCAUCUCACAAAGGGUGACUGGGCUCGCAUCCCUCUGUACAUACAUCCUGCCUCUGUCGCAGAGCUGUUAGUGGACUGUGCAUUUGGCCUGCCAAACGGGAUAUUCCCUGAAUAUAGUUACUACAUAAUAGACUCUGUUAUAGCUGCAGGUAUGCCCACAGACUUAGACUCUCUUCGCAAGCAAGCAACGGGCAUUUUCUACACAACGUUACAGUGGGAAGAGAGCAAUCUGUUCCUAUUCUUUGUAUCCUUGUUUCGAUUCUUUCUGCACACAUGCAAGCUACCCAAUCACGGAUUCCGCUUCCAAUCUGCGCUACGCAUACUUGCCAAAAUGACCUUCCGAUCAGCGGAGAAACAAGCAAGAAAUAGGGAAGACGAGGCCUAUAUGUUAGCUUUUUUGGCAGAGUAG